AACCGCACAACCUUUCUCAUUCUUUACCAAACUCACUUGUCACCUGUCUCUGUCUCUGUCUCUGCGUCUUCAGUACGAUUUCAGAUCCUCCUUUGUUGUUUUCAGAACCCACCCUUCUUCUACUUUCAUAGCCAACGCUUGAUGGGCUCCAUCAAGAUUUCUGGGUCAUCCUCGUUUUCCUAAAAAUGGAGUCUUUGCACUCGAUCACUUCUGUUUCAUAGGUUUAGUGGUUCAUCGACUGUGUGCAAACUAGGGAUUUUUCAUUGCAACCAGUUCAGCUUCAGAAAAUGCAAUCGGGUGGGGUUGAAUCGGGAAGCCCUGUGACCCACAGGGUUCAGUCUUUGUCUUCAGCAGAUACGAGAGGGAAACAUAGGAUACAUGCUGAACUGAAACGGUUGGAACAAGAAACAAGGUUCUUAGAGGAAGAGCUGGAACAACUUGAAAGGAUGGAGAAAGCGUCUACACCGUGCAAAGUAAUACUAAGCAAUGUGGAAACAAGACCUGAUCCAUUACUACCAUCAACAAUAGGUCCCUUAAGUCCUACAUGGGAUAGAUGGUUUGAAGGCCCCCAAGAUUCCAAAGGCUGCUGCAAAUGCUUGAUUCUCUGAUGAUCAACGCUAAAUGGCAUAGUUCUACAUUUUCCUCCCUUUCCUUAAUCCCAGAUUGGGCUAGAAAUUUUGAGUUCUCAAACAAUAUUGUUAUUGGCAAAUUGUCGUGAAUGCCUCCAUGUGCAGAUUACACCAAAU